UCAUAUGAAAAUGACGGACGCUAGUUGGCGCAAGUGUCACGCACACUAGCAGUACCAGAUUCUGACACCAAUUCACCUGCAGAAUUACCGCGUCAAAAAGUUUGUGUUGCCCUAAAACAUAUGCACAAUGUCAACAAACGGCAGGACCUCGAGAAUAUUACAGUUUAUGGCCCCAGAUGAGCGCCGUCAGUUUGGAAUUGAGACUCCAUUCCAGCGUCUGGCUUGGCAAAUGCAAGACAUAUUAGGGGAUGGAGGAAUUCUCAAAGAGGUCGUCCAUGCAGGGGAAGGUCCACCAGUACCCAUGCAUGCUUCUGUAUCAAUUCAUUUCUCUGGUUUCAUUGAGUACUCUGACACACCAUUUGAGACCACCAACCACCUCAAAUAUCCACGUAUGAUGAAGCUUGGUAGAGAUGUUACUUUGUAUGGCCUAGAGCUCGGCCUUCUUACUAUGAAGAAAGGCGAGUUCUCUCGUUUUCUCUUCAAGCCCAAAUAUGCCUAUGGGGACCUUGGGUGCCCCCCACACAUACCUCCAUUAGCCACAGUCCUGUAUGAGGUGCAUGUCCUUGAUUUUCUGGACUCAGCACAAGUGGAUGAAUUCAUGGAUUUGACUAUGGAAGAGCAGAACACUGUUCCUCUGUCCACCUUGCUCAAUGUGCUGGAAACACAGCGCAGCUUUGGCAACCUCUGCUUCAAUAAGAAGCGCUAUGAAGAUGCUCGAGAGAGAUACAAGCAGGCCAUGACACUUUUGCAGAAUCGUGAGCCGGUGGAUGAUGAAGAGAAGAAGCGUCUUGAGGAAAUAAAGUUGCUUUUCCUGCUCAACCUCUCACUCACGUACCUCAAACUGGAGAAACCCCAGAAGGCCCUUUGCUUUGGUCAGAAAGCACUGGACAUCAACCCCCAGAACACUAAAGCUCUCUUCCGCUGCGGCCAGGCCUGUUUGGAGAUGAACGACUAUGAGAAAGCACAAGAUUACCUUACACUUGCUCAGGCGAAAAAGCCAUUUGACCCUGACAUCAACACCUUGCUGAAAAAGCUUGCUCUCUGCUACAAGGACUAUUUGGACAAAGAGAAAGAGAUGUGCACCAAGAUGUUCUCAGGUUUAAAGCGAACAGAAAAGUGAAGCCAUGUGUGCAGCUUUCAGUGUACAUAGUAGUGGUCUUCACCAUUUUUCAAACCCUCCAGAUUGACCACAAGUGGGCAGUAUAAACCCAACCAAUUCUAAUUUUGGUUUCAGUGGCCAACAUUUCAUCAAAUAUUGUCAUACUUUUAAUCGAUUGUUUAAUUUUAUUUUGCAUUAUUUUGUUUUUUUGCCAUAUAUACAUUGUUUGCCUCAGCUCUUAGCAUUAUGUUCUGUAUGUUACUUUAAGAUAAGCUCUACUAUAACAGUCCAACUUUUGCAGUAUUGUUAAGUAUUAUGUUCAAAACUCUAUAUAGAGCAUCAGGAUGUUUUCCAGGUGCACUGUUUGAAGUUUCAGAAGUCAAAUAGAGUGUUUAAUUUCUUAAACCUAUUUGUCAUGCUCUUAAUUUAUUUAUUUUUUUGUAGGCCAUGCAAAGUCUGUGCCUGUUUGUUUUUUUUUUUACUUAUAAUGUUCAGACUAAUUCCACUGUGUCGUCACUGACAGACUAUUUUGUGUGUUAAAUUUUGAAGUUAACAUGUAAACAUUAAGAUGUUCCACCUUGCUCUGUGUUUUGAAUUUUCCUUAGAUUUAUAUGGAAAGCAAUAAUAUCAUAUAAGAUUGAAAAUACAUAUACAUUUUGUGUUUACUUAAAAAGCAAAAAAAGUCAGUAUAUACUGUAUAUAUUAAAUCUAUUCUCAUACAAGUCCUUUGAGUCUUCUCAUCUUACUUUACUUUUUACUGCAUAGUCUUUCCUCCCUGUGCUAACAGAAAUUCCUGCAACAGCCCUAAAACAUAUUUGGAUACUUGAGGCUCGAUUAAAAAUGUAAUUUCAUUAUCGCAAAAUAUGAAACCAUGUAGUGUCUGCAAAAAAAAAAAAAAAAAAACUUUUUUCAGAAAAAAACUUCACCUUUCUGAGCCAUUUACUUAAUUACUUUUAUUCUGGUGUUGUGGUUAUUUUUAGUGGAUGUAUGAAGUCAUUUCUCUAAGCAAGCCAAGGGCGACAGUGGCAAGGAACCCAAACUCCAUCAGGUGACAGAAUGGAGAAAAAAACCUUGGGAGAAACCAGGCUCAGUUUUCCUCUGGCCAACAAACGAACAGUGCAUGAUCAUGAUUCAGGCAGCAUUACAGGUCAGACGUCAGAGACCUGAGAGACAAAGUUUUGGGGCGAGUUGACCGCAACAGCUUUCAGUUUUUGUGAAGGUUUGUGCUGAAACAUCCCAUGUGAGUUUACCUCAGUGUGGAGCUGUAAGGAUACCCUCUUUUAUGAAAGCCAGGUUUUUGACCACA